AUGAAGCCCGUCCCUUUGGUCCUGCUCAUAACUUCAGUCUUACUGACCACCCACAUCCCGCUGAGCACCUGUCGACCCCACGACCUGAGCCUCAUGAACAGCCAGCUAGAAGACGUGCUGUCAAACGGGGAAGGAGACGACGCUAUGUCCUACCUCGUGGGUGAAAAACUCCUUCAGUAUUUGCAAAGAAACCUCGGAGCGCAGAAGGCAAGCGGUGUCCUGGAUCUCCCGCACUUCCCCACGGCGCAGCUGCGCUCUCCUCAUGAGGACAGCAACUUAGAAGAGCUCACGGAGUUUUCCAAACGGAACGACGAUCCUCCGAUCUCCAUCGACCUCACCUUCCACCUGCUGAGAAACAUGAUCGAAAUGGCGCGAAACGAGAAUCAAAGGGAACAGGCGGGACUGAACCGCAAAUAUCUAGAUGAGGUUGGGAAGUAGCUGUAGCUCCAUGAUGAUGCUUUCAAUCGGCGAGUAAAGAACAAGCUCAAUGCACUCUUUCACACCCCCAAACUCUCGCUUAAGCAUAUGACAUUCACCGAUGCCUCCUGCUGACCCACACUCUUAGAAAUAAAGGUUCUUCAGUGGUUCCUUGCCACUGCAAAGAA